AUGGCCGAGGAAACCAUGGGUAGCCGUGGCAGCAUGAUCCCGAAACACUACCUUGAGAAUGGUGCCCAAAUGAGAGCGCCAGGGCACGCUGCUCAGCAUCCAGAAGAACUCCGUCCGACAGCCGGCUGGUCGCUUGCUAUGAAUACGAAUCAAGGCUCACCAGAUGAUGCUGCAGAUGAUGACCAUAGAGCACACAUGGCCUCAUCAUUCCUCCUAAGCGAAAUAAGUCGACUUUCUCAGUGCGAUUGCUGCAAACAUGCCAUACCUUGGGUGCCCGCAACUCCCGACGUGCAGAUGUGUGCAGAGGAAUAUCAAUACCAGCAAAAUCAUGCGUGA